UCUGUCGCCGGCUAGGUCUCAAGAUGCAAGGUUUUGGUCCUGGGAAGCUCUUGCUCCCCCAAUGUCGUCGUCGUUGCGGCGGCGUUUGCAGAAGUUCGACGCUCCAAGACUCCGACAUUUGGAUGCCAUCCGUGUUUGCUUCCUCGCGUUUUCAAUUCCCUUGGACAAAUACGUAAUUUUAGAGGGAAGAUGAAUGGAGACAAAAAGUGGAGAUCUUGGAUGGUCUUGUGUGUCGGCCCACGGUCGAUCCCUAUUCAGUAAGAGUAUUUCAUCCUGUGCUAUGAACAUUGUUAAAGCAAUUGUUCUCCACCGUGAUCCUAGUGAUAUUUCUAUUGGUGUUAGUUGCUAUCUCCACUGAAAAAAAGCAUUGCGAUAAAAGGAAGCACUAUUACACAAUGACUGAGAAGAUUCAGAGGUUGGCAUUGAAGAACGCAUUGACCAGGCUAUCAAUGUCAAUUUAUCGGUCAAUGAGGCUAAUCAAUGGAUCGCUGUUCCAGGGCCUGUCAUCGUCGGUGCUGGGCCAUCGGGGCUUGCUGUCGCUGCGUGUCUCAAGGAGAAGGGCAUCCCGAGUGUGAUCCUAGAGCGAUCUCACUUCAUUGCCUCACUUUGGCAGCUGAAGACCUAUGACCGCCUCCACCUCCACAUCCCGAAGCACUUCUGCCAGCUCCCUCUCAUGCCAUUCCCUGAAAGCUUUCCUACAUACCCCAGUAGAGCACAGUUUGUGAGAUAUCUUGAGGCUUAUGCAAGACGGUUCAACAUCAGGCCUGUGUUCAACUCCACAGUUGUGAGUGCAGAGUUUGACCCGAGAAGUGAGCUGUGGAGAGUGCACACUGUGGGAAGUGAUGGAAGCCUGACCAAGUAUGUGAGCCGGUGGCUCGUUGGAGCAACUGGAGUCAAUGCUGAAGAAUCAGUGCCAGGGAUUGGUGGCAUGGACGAAUUUAAAGGCCCCGUGAUCCAUACAAGUUCAUAUAAGUGUGGUGAAAUCUUUCAGGGACAGCGAGUGCUUGUUAUUGGUUGCGGAAACUCUGGUAUGGAGGUUUGCUUGGACCUUUGCAACCAUAAUGCACGUCCAUCAAUGGUCGUAAGAGAAGGGGUGCAUGUCUUGCCCAGGGAAAUACUAGGCUGGUCCACCUUUGGUCUUUCCUCUUGGCUCCUGAAGUUCCUACCGGUUCGGGUGGCAGAUCGCUUUCUUUUGUGUAUCUCCAGGUUAAUGCUCGGCAACACUGAGCUGCACGGCCUCAAGCGACCCAAGCUGGGACCUCUUGAGCUUAAGUCCCUCUCUGGCAAGACGCCGGUCCUGGACGUUGGUGCGCUAGCUAGGAUUAAAUCCGGUGAUAUCCAGAUUUUCCCUGCUGUGAAACGACUGACGGCACAUGGAGCAGAGUUCGUGGAUGGAAGACUGGAGUCCUUCGACGCCAUCAUUCUUGCCACGGGCUACCGAAGCAACCUGCACACUUGGUUAAAGGGAGGAAGAGAGCUGAGCAAAGGUUGGAAGUGGGAGAGGGGGCUUUACAGUGCUGGAUUCUCGAUGCAGGGCUUGAUGGGGACUUCCGUCGAUGCGCAAAAGAUCGCUGAUGAUAUUGGGCGAUGCUGGGUCCAUGGAUUUUCGGUGCUUUAGGCACCAGUGCAGCUCCAUCUCCUGUUUUGUACUUGUAAUGAUGUUGAAGUUGUUCUAUGGAUGAUGAGAUAUCUAUAUUAAUGUUGUAAUUUACACGUGCAACAGAUGAUGCCAUCUUUAUGAUAAUAUUAAGAAUGAAAAGUUUUGUGAUA